AUGGCAAAAAAGUGGAAAGUUUCAAAUAAGAAUUUUGUUUGUGGUACGUGCAGAAAACUGUUUAUAAGUGAAGUGCCUCAGCCAGCAUUGAAUGAGCCCAACGCAGCUACUAAAUUUAGUGAAGACGAACAAAUGGAAGACGACCUCAAAAAAGACAGUAAUUGUAUUCCCAUUGUUAGUGCUAUUAAAAUAGAACAAUCUGCAGAUUCAGAAAUUUUGGAGCAACUUAAACAAAAAUUUAAUGAUCCUUCUACACCAGGGCCAAUAAAGACCAUGAUUCUAACUAUUGCUCCAAAAUCGUGGAGCGAAAACAGGCUUGCAAAAGAGUUUGGAACAUCCAGAAGGCAGGCAAAAAAUGCAAAAGAGUUGGUGGAAAAGUACGGCAUAAUGUCGACGCACAAUCCUCGUGAAGGACGAAAGAUGGAUCCUAAAACUGAGACACUGGUAAAAGACUUUUAUCUUAGGGAAGAUAACAGCCGAGUAAUGCCUGGUAAAAAAGAUUUUGUAUCCAUUAAAAAGGACGAUGGAAAAAGGGAACAUUUGCAAAAACAUUUAAUUCUUUGUAAUGUAAAAGAACUUUAUGAAACUUUUAAACAGGAAUAUUCAUAUGUGAAGGUGGGAAUUACAAAGUUUUUUACCUUGCGGCCUAAGCAAUGUGUCAUCGCUGGUGCUUCAGGAACACAUCUAGUGUGUGUGUGCACAUAUCACCAAAAUGUGAAGCUUAUGUUGAUUGGAGCAGACAUUGCUUGUCUUACGGCUAACACUAACAUUCAUCUCACCUCCUAUAAAGAUUGCCUACAAAAAAUGAUGUGUGCCAAUCCAACUUCAGUUUGUCAUUUAUCAACAUCAAAAUCUCAAAAAAUUGAAAGUUGCAAAUCUUGCCCUGGUAUAAGAAUAAUUCAAGAUCAUUUAAGAAUGGUUUUUGAUCAAAAUCAAAUAAAAAGUGUGACAUUUGAAGCCUGGAUUGGUACUGAUCGCUCUUCUUUUACAACCCAAAUACUACCUAUCGAUGAUUUUGUUGAUCGUCUAUGCGCUGGCCUUGAUGUACUAAAACCACAUGCCUAUAUUGUGGAUCAGCAAGCAUCUUUUUUUAAAUCAUUAAAGGAAAAUUUAGUUGAAGGAGAAAUUAUGGUACAGUGUGAUUUUGCUGAGAACUACAGUUUUGUAGUUCAAGAUGCUGCCCAAUCUUUCCACUGGAACAACAAUCAAGCCACCCUUUUAACAUGCGUGUUUUACUUUAAUAAAGAACGAGAAACUAAAGCGAAAUCGGUUAUAUUAACCCUGCUAGAGAUGACGGCAGAAACCGGUCUCUUCCAACAUCAGGUGAGGAGCAGGAGGGAGAAGCCAAUUUACAAUUCAUAUCUGUACAUCGUUAAGCAAAACCUAAAGAGAAGCUCCAGACUUCGGCUAUCAUCUGCCACAAAGCCAUCAGCGGGCUCCACUUCUCCUGCCAUCCCCAAAUGCCCCGUCAAGGCCCCACCCGUACCUGCGCCUGUGCCACCAACAUCGUUAAAAUGCCUCGAGGCUAAAGAUAAGUGCAAAAGGAGACUAACAAAUGAUGACUUUGAGACUAUUGCUACAAAAAUAAAAGAACUCUUUCCAAAUGAAAGUAAAGAAGUCUAUUACUGUGCACCAGUUUUCAAGAGGUUUUCAAGGGACAAUAAGUCUGAGUCUUCUAAAGGAAAAUUAGUUGAUAAGUACAAAAACAAACUUACUUAUUUAAGAAGAGGUGGAGUUAUUCCUUUAUUAAGACACAAUAAUAAAUUUGAGGGCGAAGACGAAACCGUUUCAACAGGCUUUACCGAAAAUAGUGAUUAUGUAUGGCUGAAAAACAAUUUUGAACCGUGGUCCGAGGUACAAAAAUGUUGGAAACACACAUUUUCUCUUCGAGCAAAAUCCUUUACUGAUGAGAAACACAUUUUACAAAUUUAUGAAGACUGGCCUAUUCUAAAGAAUCCUUUAGGAUAUACAUUGAUUGAAGCCGACUUUAAUCAAAGCUAUCCAAAUAAUUUCAACAACCUGUUAUUAAAUUUUGAAAAAGUACUUCGCAAUGUUUUAAGCCUGAGAGAAAAGUUUUUAUCCCUGCGAGACAAGCCGUGGAUUGAGAUUUUUAAUGCCCCUACAGUAAGUGAAGACUACAAAAUAUACACUGCUUUUAUUCUUCUGUCGGCCCUUAUUCCAUGCACUACAAGGAUUGUAAAAAAAAAAGCAAUGGAAACCGAAUAG